AUGGCGUCGUCACGGGUGAUGGCGUCGUCAUCUCCGCCGCAGCACGCCGGGGCGGGCUCGUCCGCGGACCUCGCGCGAUUCAAGAGCAGCGGCGUUAGAUCGAUGAACAUGGACGACAUCAUCCGUAACAUCUACGACCCCGAGGCCGUCAACGCUGCCGCCGCCGAAAGCGCCGGCGUCGGCCCGGCGGAGCCCUCCCUGGCAGCCCCGGAGGCUGCGGCUCGGCGGACGUCGGAGGAGGUGUGGAAGGAGAUCUCCGUCGCUGGAGGGCUCCCCACGCCCGUCCUCCCUAUCCCUCCCGCCGCCAGCUCCGGCGGCAGCGGCGCCGUGGAGAUGACGCUAGAGGAUUUCCUUGCCAGGGAUUCCUGCGGUAGGGCGGCGGUGAUGGAGGGGAACAUGGCGCUGGGGUUCCCUGACGGUGACAGAGAUGCGGCAGGGAGAGUGGCGGGGGGAGUGGGCGGCGUGAGGGGAGGCGGGAAGCGGGCGCUUCUGGACCACGCGGACUGCGCCGUGAUGCAGCGGCAGAAGCGCAUGAAGAAGAACCAAGAGUCCGCAGCGAGGUCCAGGGACAAGAAACAGUUCACCAAGGUGGAGGACCCGCUGGACGCCGAUGUGUGGCUCAGGGUUGUGGAGUCUAAGUUCCCACUCCUCACAGGAGCUUGCCCUGACGCCGCAAAGACUCGCUUCGCCGCACAGCAGCUCCGUGGACCUGCAAGUACGUGGUGGGACCAUUUCCACGUCAUGUUACCUGCUGACCACGUGGUGACGUGGGAGGAAUUCAAGACAACUUUCAGAGGACACCACAUUCCUGCAGGGAUACUGGAUCACAAGCUUAAUGAGUUCUUGGCACUGACUCAGGGAACCCACACCGUGCUACAAUAUGGCCAGGCCUUCAAUGACCUGUGA